GUUCGACUCUCCAUAUUGACGCAUACAACGCCCUUCUGGUACGGCAUGGCCCCAUGGAGAUGCAGCGACAGGAGGUCAUAUACGACCUGCUCCAAACGGAGCGCCAUUUCGUCCGGCGCCUGCGUGCUAUGGUCGCGGCUUUCAUCGUACCACUCAGGGUGCACGCGAGCAAGCUAUGGCUGCCUGGAGUGCCUACGCCAAUUUCAAGGCUGCUCGACUGGUUGGAAGAUAUCCUGAACCUUCACAUGUCGCUUCUGCGGAUCCUGAAGAACGUGUCGAUAGCUUGGCAGGAAAGCGGGGUUGUAAACGAAGUGGCGAGUGGCCUUCUUUCCUUGAUUCCCAGGCUCGAGGUACAUCAGCCGUACCUUGUGAGGGUAGACGAGGUUAGGGGGUUGGUUGUCAUGUGGGUUCAAGAUCAACAUUCGCAGUUCGGAGAGUAUAUCCGUCUCAGAGAAGACGAAGGACUCUGCGACGGUCGGAGCCUGGAACAGUGCCUCCAGCUUCCCGUGCAAAGGUUAAAUGCUUACUUGGUGGUCUUCAAGACUCCUGGAGGCGACACACAGGCAACAUCCUGACUAUCUUGCGACUCAAUCUUUGUUGCGGUCGGCGCAUAUGACAAUACAAGUGAUGGAAGAAGUGCGCAUUCGUGAAGAAGAGUAUGACUUUGUCAAGGACAUCGCCACGCGUAUCCUUGGACCCGACGUGGCUGCUCAACUCGCUACACGAGAACGAAGACUCCUACACCAGGGUCUCCUGCAUCUGCUGACAACCGGGACAAACCUCAAAGCCGACCCUGGGCCCACAACGCCGACAGUCCAGGUCAAUGGGCAACCCGUGCGCGAUUCUGAAGAUGACAAGCAAGAUAAGGCGGGGCGAGGAAGGCGCUUGGCGUCUGCGAUCCAUGAUUGGCAUGUCAGACGGGUCAGGUCAGAAUCCAUCAGCUCAUCUACCUCGUCUUCUUUUUCUCUGUG